AUGGCCUCCCGAGAUGACUAUACGGUCGGCUGGAUUUGCACUCGUCCUCUGGAUGUGAUCGCAGCCAAAGCAAUGCUUGACCGCAUCCACAAUAACCCACCUACGGACCAGAAUGUGGAUGACAACAACAACUAUGUUCUUGGAAGUGUCAGCACUCAUAACGUCGUACUCGCAUAUCCACCGUUCACUGAUGGAGUCACUCCGGCCAUUGUAGCUGCAACCAUCGACACACAAAUGCGUACGAAUUUCAAGUCCAUUCAAUUCAGCCUAGUGGUUGGGGUGGGAGGAGGAGUGCCAAAUAUGAAAGAGGACAUACGCCUGGGCGAUGUUGUUGUGAGCAAACCAACGGCAGCCCGACCGGGCCUCAUUCAAUGCAAUUUUGAGAAGACAGAUUGCGUAGAUGACCAAUUGACCUGCAAGGCGGGGCUACACAAGCUCUCGACCAUAUUACUCACGGCCACGAGUAAGGCCGAGACAAAUAAUAUUCUCAGGGAGAGUCGAAUGGCCCAUUACAUCUCUCAAAUUGUCCAUGAAGAGCCUAUGGCCUUUGCUAGUCCAGGCCCGGAGCGGGACCUGCUCUUUGAGGAGGACUAUGGCCACAUCACCACCGCUCCCGCAGAAAGUGGGUGCGAUCGUUGCGACCCACAUAGAGUCCAACACCGACCACCGCGAGAUAACCAGAAUCCUGAAGUUCAUUAUGGCCUGGUUGCGUCCUGCAACCAAUCGAUGUGCCAGGCCGCGACCCGGGACAAGUUAGCGCGCCGGUAUGGCGUUCUUUGUUUUGAAACGGACGCGGGCGAGUUGAAGAACAAUGCGCAAUGCCUCGUCAUCCGUGGAAUCUGUGACUAUGCAGAUUCUCACAAGAGCAAGAUCUGGCAGGGAUAUGCCGCCGCAGCUGCGGCUGCAUAUGCUAAGGAGAUCCUGUUGGUGAUCCCAGCGACGCCAAAGCCAGCAUUGGCAACAUCGGACACAAACGGAAUGGCUGCAACUAUUCUCGAUGCAUUGCUAUUGACCAGACCUGAGGUUGACAGAAGCUCUCUCAUCGCAUUAAAAGGUCGGAGGGUCGUUGGCACUUGUGAAUGGCUCAUACGACAUCCAAGCUAUCAAGAAUGGUUGGAGCACCCUGAUUUACCACUCUGGAUCUCAGGCGGCCCAGGAAGAGGUAAAACUAUGCUGGCAAUCUAUAUCACCGAGGAGCUUCAGCAAGUGGUCGACUCAUUCAGCGGAGUUCUUCUUUAUUACUUCUGUAGUAACCGAGACCGGAACCGGAAUACAGCAGUGACUAUCAUGAGAGGCAUCAUACACCAAUGGCUCAGCUUUCGUCCCCAUCUGGCGAAAUAUAUAAAGAACUACUUUGAAGGCUCUGAAACAAUCAAAUAUACGACUUCCAGUUUUUUAGCUCUAUGGAGGAUUUUCCUAAUCCUGCUUCAGCAGACCAGCUCUUGCAGGGUGGUUUGUGUGCUGGAUGGCCUGGAUGAGUGCGAGAAAGAAUCUUUAAGGCAGCUUCUGAACGCCCUGGAGGACUGUUUCUUCGGCUCCGAGGAGACAAGAAGACCCAACUUUAAGCUUAUUCUCCUCUCUCGAUCCCAGCCAGCAAUUUUGGAGAACAAACUCAGUCGCUCUCGUCGAAUUAAGCUCGAUGACGCUGAUAUUGAAGUUGCGAAAGAUGUGGAGAAAUAUGUCUCCGCUAAAGUAACCGAGCUCGCAUCCCAGAAUACUCUUUCAGAAGAAAUGCUUGCGCACAUUCGGCAAGCACUGAUGGCUGGUGCCGACGGUACUUUUCUAUGGGUCGGGUUUGUUGCGAACGAACUCAAAGGAAGAAGUUGGCAAAAAAUUCAAAUUGUUCUUCGUGGUGUGCCCAAAGGCCUGGGUGGGAUCUAUCAGCGUCUGCUCCAUCAAGUUGAAGACAAAGAAGAGCUGGUUCCCAUACUUCAAUGGGUCGUUCUCGCCGCUCGACCUCUGACAAUAGAUGAAUUGACAACAGCAGCAGAUAUCAAAGCAUCAAAUGGUCAGACACCAGCCGAAAUAAUGAAGAAUAAACUCGAUUCCUGUGGACUAUUAGUGAAAAUUGAUGGAAAGGUAGUGAAUCUUGUUCACGAGUCGGCAAAGGAGUUUUUUCAAAGUGACCAAGUCAAAGUUCAAGGGAUCAGUAUGUUUCACAUGGACCACACGACCCAUCGAAGUCUUCUGCAGACCUGCCUAGCACUACUCGAAAGAUGUUACAAAUUUCCCGGUAGCAUUCGAGAAGAGUCCCUCCACAAUACUCUAUUGGCCUAUGCCUGUAAAUACUGGCCAGACCAUUUUCAUCACGCAUUCGACCCUUCCAACUCGCCGCCUGAGCUAUCAAUUCAGUUCUUCCGAGCUAAGUCUCCGGUGCGAGAGGAUUGGUGGACACUCUAUUGGGACCAGGAGCAAUACGGUGGCGCUCCACCUUCGUUCACGCUCUUACAUCUCGCUGCAUUCUUUGGGAACCUAGGCUGGGCAAAAGUUUUGCUCGAGCAUUCCUCUUUCAAUCACUUCCCUUUUCGACACAUGAGCUCGCAAAAGGAUAAUUACGGUCGGACUCCACUUUUCUGGGCCGCUACCAGAGGCCAUCUAGCCGUGGUAAAGCUGUUGCUCGAUCAUGGUGCACGAGUUAAUUCAAAAGACCGGAGUAAACUGACCGCACUCCAUAUCGCAGUCACUGGAGAACACAAAGAAGUGGUCUCCCUGCUACUGGACAGGUCCGCUCGAAUCGAGGGGAGAGCAAGCUAUGGAGAUACGCCGUUGGUUCGAGCUAUUCAGGCGAAUUCCGAGGAUAUCAUAAAGCUGCUUCUUGAGCGCGGAGCUCGGGUCGAUGGAUUGCCCACUCCCGCAGGGGGUGGUCCCCUGAAAGGAUCCACGGGUCCGCUCGAGGAGCGAGCCAAACAGUUGCUGGGGCUUCAAGAGCAAAUUUUUGCUUCACGAUACGAGAAUUCGUCCAGACGAGUUGAAUUCACAAUAAAGACCCUUAAUGCUUCCUUUAAGUUCCCACCUAUUCUUCAGUUGAUGACGCUGUACCUGAAAUACUCUUCGAUUGGCCGCUGGGAGGUUAUGCACGUGCUGCAAGACCUCGUCAAGAAUAAUAGGACGACUAAACUACGGAAGUGGGCGGAGGCAUACAUCCAGUUCGGCGUUCAGUUGGUUGAGGCCAGAAAUGCGAAGAAUUUGGCAAAUAUGACGGGGCUAUCGGUCCUUAUAUUCCAGGUAGUAUCUACCGCAGACCUUGAGGCCCUGCUAGUGAUUGGGGUCCUCGUAGGCUCGAGCGUCAUUCUGGCAGCAGCUCAACACGCAUGGAGAGAAGGGGUCGAUAUCUCAGCCAGGACCUUUGCACAGUUUGCCUCCCUCGCUUACCACAGAGACGCCGAAGAGUCAUUGCACUACGGAGUCCGCGAAUUUUUAAUCGAUUUUGAUGCCUGCAUUUGGAGUGGCAGAAGGAUGGAAAAUGUGGCUCGGACCGUAGUUCUGUUCAGUACGCACUUUGCGAUCAUCGAUACCAAGGAUCAGCGACCAAUUGAGUACUUUUCAACGGUGAUCGCGGAAUAUUUUGAAGGCUUUAUCGGCGGCAGUUAUGAAGAACAACUGUUUAGUGAUGCGACCCAAGCAUGUGUCGAUGAGCUUGAAGCCAUCAGCAUGGAUCAUGAUUCACACAGAUUACUUCUCUUUCUUACUGCUAUUCUUCAAUUUGCUGAGCGCUCGAAGGAUAAAGGACAGGAGAAAUUCCUCAAUAUGACUCCCAUGUCAUGUCUGAUUCUAUGCCAGAAGAACCCUACUGCCCACCGGUGGUUGAUUACCGAUGCAGUUCCAGGAACCUUGAGUGCCUUAGUAUCUCAGCAACCAGAAGGAGCGGUCCAGAAUCGCGCCUUCAAAGCCCUCGUGGAACUUCUGGUCAUCGGAAAGCAAUAUGAAUUAUCGCUGCCUGCGGAACUCCGAAAAACGCUAGGAAAAAACCUCAACUCAAUUUAUAGCGUCAAGGAGUUGCUGCCUCGAAUUAUUGACACAUGA